AAAAGAAACCAAGGGGGAAAAAGUGACGACGUGGUUCCUCUCUGUGAGCUGUGACCGUCGUGAAAACCCCCUUCCGCCUGCAUCGCACCUCCGGGACCCUGACGGACGCCGGCCGAGGAAGCCCCCGAAUUCAGAGGAGAAGAGAAGAGAAGAGGAAGGGGCAGAUCUAUCAUCUAUGGGCAACUGCAAGAGUUCAUCUCGUGCACUGCUAGGAAAAGCCCAUGUUGUUCCGGAUGCUGAAUGGAGGAUGCAGGAUUUUGGAAAGACCCACGUUCCAGAUCUAGAAUGGAGGAUUCAUGACUUCUCAUCGCUGCUUGAGACGGGAGCUAAGGCAGCAACAUCUGCCACUUUUCACUGCUCUGGGUAUAACUGGCAGCUGCAAGUGAUUCCAAUGCAUAAAGGAACUGGUUAUGAAACGCCAUAUGUUGCUCUUCGUCUUAUGACAUCCCCAGAAAGGAUGGUGCCAGGUCACACGAUGCAUGUGGUUUUUGAAUUGUCAAUAUACAACCAUUCAAAAGGAAUGUACUGUGGAUGCAAAGCUAGCUACAACUUUCAUUUCAAGAAUAGCUACUCGAAGGAGCAUUGCUUGAUUCUUCUUCAGGAGCUACUGAAAUCAUCUGCUUUUCUAGUUGAUGAUAGUUGUGUCUUCGGUGUGGACAUAUUAAAAAUUGAUGUCUCUUCUCCUGAAAAGAAGGCUGUUGUGGUUCAGAAGAAGGCUACCACAGUUCAAAACCUCUUCCUUCAGAAGAAGGGGUUCGUCAAAGGGACAUACACUUGGAACGUGAACAACUUCCUUGAACUGGACACGGAUAACUUUGUCCGUUCUCCUACAUUUGAAGUUGGCGGGCAUAAAUGGUACGUCGGCAUGUAUCCGCAUGGUGACAAAUACAGCACUGAUUGCAUCAGCUUGUACUUAUGCCUGGAUGCCUCGGAUGAGCUCCGUCUCGACUCCGAGAAGGUGUUUAUAAUGACUCUAUCCAUCCUGGACCAAAAGAAUGGGAAACACUUGACUGCAACUUCAGGUCUCUGGGUAUGUAAUAAAGGAUGCGGAUGGGGAUGGCCUAACUUCUUUGGACUCAAGAAACUCAAGGAGCCGUCGGGAGGCUAUGUUGUGGGAUCGAGCUGCGUUGUGAAGGCAGAUGUUACCAUCAUUGGUUCAUCCAAUGAUGGCUAGAUGUUUUUACCUCAUGGCCUGAUGGAGAGAUAAUGCUCUUUAAUCCUAGUAGCUACUAAUAACCAGACUUAUAUAUGAGACAAUGUUGUGGUAGCAGUUCUAAGAACUUGUGGAAUGAUUAGUAGUAGUAAUGGGCCGGAUUUGAGAAGUGAGAUGAUUUCACGCAUAUAUAUUUCUAUGUAUAUGUGUCGGACAGAAAUAUGUUACUGGAAGUACUUGUAUAUGCAUGGAUGACA